AUGACUCAUUCGUCCGUUCCCACCUCUGUAGGCUGUUUAACGGCAUUAUGGUUGGUUAAAUGUGCUAAAACAAAUGAGUGGAAAGACAAAAAAGACAAGCCUCGGUCUUUCGGCGAGCGAGUGAAGAUCAAUGUUGGUGGGACUAUUUUCGAAACAUAUCUCUCCACUCUCACAAGGGCUGAUGGUACUGUACUUUCUGCUAUGGUUGCUAGUCGUUGGCGUAAUCAAGAAGAGAUUUUCAUAGACAGGAACCCCGUAUAUUUCGCAAAAAUACUAGACUAUCUAAGAGACAGUGAACAUUUUACCCCUCCUUCGGAAGAAGAUGCUAGAGAUGCCCUCCGAAAAGAGGCUGAGUUCUAUAACCUGCCUGGUCUUGCCGAGAUAUGCUCACCGGACGUUUUUCACAUAGGGGAUAAUGUUCAGUGGAAGGAGAGCGCUGUUGAAUCAUACUGGAAACUUUUAUUGCAACUCUGGUUCAAUAGGAAAUAUGAAGAUAUAUUUGUAUGGGUGAGUUGCGUUGACUGUAAGGAACCAGUUGCACAGCGAGAAUAUCGCGGAUAUGUGGACAGCGCUUUCAAACACUUUGUAAAAUCGAUUCAUGUGAGGCAGCAUAUGUUGUCUGCAAGAGGGGUCAUACUGUCUCUCAAUGGCACCUGUUGCCGUGUUCAAUGGGAUAAUGGUUGGCAAACGCAUCUUCCGCAGUCUUUACUGCGUUUGGCAAAAAAAUAGUGCAUCAUUACUACUUGUUAGUCCUUUCUUUUUGUUCUUCCUCGUGUAAAAAUGUUUCCUUUCCUCUUGAUUGGUAUAAACUACAAUUCGCAUUUAUGCUCCGCGCUCAACAAACGCUUGUUCAGAAUUGCGCUCACGAGUAGCUUUUUUCCAUCCUUUUACGCACAUACCACCUAGGCGUUUGCGUUGUCGUGCUCUCCACAUUACACACAUGUGUUUUUGCACAAGAUGACAAAGGCAGCAAAUUCGCUUUUUUUGUUUUUCUCUUAUUUUCUUUU